CAGUACUCAAAAGCUAACCUGCUCAUGCUUUGCUAGGAAUGAUGGGAGUGGGUGCAUGUGGUGAUGAUGAAGGAAGGAAGGUUUCAGAUCAAUAAGUUUCACCACCACCACAUUCCAAACACAAGAUCAGCAUUUCAGUUCUACUACCCAUUUAAGUUCCUUUCAGGCUUCAAGGUUAGCCCAAGGGUCAGUGUUGCUUGAGAGGUACUCACACAUCUGCAGGUGCUGCCAGGGCCGGCCAUUUAGCAGUUAGCCAUGUGGACUGCUCUCUUCUCUCAUCUCAGGGAGGUGCACAAGAGAAGUGCGGUGAAGGAGGACAGAAUAAUGAAGCCACUAACUGAGGCCAGCGGCCACAAGCAGGCGGCAGGUGCAGCCAGCAAGAUGACUGUGCUGCAGUCUCCAUUGGGGCUGAGAAGCAUCCUCACCUCCCUCGUCGCCUUCUUCAUCGUCGCCAGCACCGUCUCCCUCCUCUUCGACCGAUCAGGCCAGGACGAAGCUCAGGUGCAGCUGGCCGUCGAGCAGCACCAGCACCAAGAAGUCCAGCUGAAGAAACCAGCUCCUGCAGCAUCAGUGGAUGAGCAGAAAUCAGUAGAUCGGGCAUCGCUGAGGAGGCAGGGCCAGCAGGCGCAGGUGCAAUGGACAUCUGAGCUCCUGGACGAGGCGAGGGACGCCGGCGACGGCGAGGAGGAGGAGGAGUGCAACUGGUCGUUGGGGCGGUGGGUGUACGACAACUCCUCCCGGCCGCUCUACUCCGGGCUCAAGUGCUCCUUCAUCUUCGACGAGGUCGCUUGCGACAAGUAUGGCCGGAAUGACACCAAGUACCAGCACUGGAGAUGGCAGCCUCACGGAUGCAACCUUCCAAGAUUCAAUGCCACAAAGCUUCUUGAAAAGCUCAGAAACAAGAGAAUGGUGUUCGUGGGCGAUUCAGUAAACAGGAACCAAUGGGUGUCGAUGGUGUGCCUGGUGGAGGCCUCCAUCCCUGAUGGCCGCAAGAUGCGCGUUUACAAUGGCUCCCUUAUUUCCUUCAAAGCAUUUGAGUACAAUGCGACUAUAGAUUUCUACUGGUCGCCACUGCUACUGGAGUCCAACAGCGACAACCCCAUCAUUCACAGAGUGGAGUACCGGAUCAUUAGGGCAGACAGGAUUGAGAAGCACGCUAGCGUUUGGAGGGAUGCUGACGUUAUCGUCUUCAACUCUUACCUUUGGUGGAGGAAGCAGAAGGCCGAUAUGACGAUGAAGGUCAUGUAUGGAUCAUUUGAGGAUGGAGAUGCAACGUUAGAUCAGGUGGAAAUGGUUGAUGGUUUCGAGAUAGCUCUCAAGAAGCUAACUGAAUGGCUGGGGACGAACAUCAACAAGAACAAGACUAGAAUCUUCUUUGCCGGCUCCUCACCGGCUCACACCUGGGCUAGCGACUGGGGAGGAGAUGACAACAACAAGUGUCUAAACGAAACGGAACCGAUUGAGACAGAAGGAUACAAGGGCGCAACAACAGAUUACAGCAUGAUGGACAAGGCGAAAGAAAUCUUUGCAACACUGGAGGCAAAGGGCAUACAUGUUCAGAUACUGAACAUCACCCAGCUGUCUGACUACCGCAAGGACGCUCAUCCCACGAUAUUCAGGAGACAGUACGUUCCUCUGACGAAACAACAGAUUGAAAACCCGAGCAUCUACGCGGAUUGCAUGCAUUGGUGCCUCCCUGGAGUUCCUGAUGUCUGGAACGAGUUCUUGUACGCAUACCUCAUGCGCAAAUGAUAUAUGUAUAAUAAUGUGUUCUUAAUUUGGCCAAAAAUUUUCUCUGUUAACUUGUGGGUGCCUAGCUAGGUAUUAGUGCACAGGGCAUGGCCCCCAUCAUUUUUUUAACAUUUACAUGUAAAGAGAAAGGAAGAACCUAUGUAAUCGCAAAAUGCAAAGAAUUAAUUUGCCUCUACUGCUAGGUGGUGUUUGAGAUGAGAUUAAAGGAUUAUAUAAUUUUUGGGAUGGCUAUUCGAGGGUAUAGACGAAUG